UGCUAUAUAAAUGCAGAAAAUUAUGCAAAUUUUAGUUAGUUUCUAUUUAGUGGUCACUGUGAAUCGUAGUGCAAUUUGAAAUUCGAGAAAUGUUAAAAUUGUGGCAAUUGUUGCCAUAUUAUUUGGUGCUCAGUAGUGUUUACGCAAUCCCAUGCAAAAUUCGAGUGCCGGAGGAUGUGCCGGAGCAAACGCCAGUUAUUUUGAAGGAUAACGAGUUAUUCAAACCUAAUAAUAAAGAAACUAAUAUUGAAGAUGGAAAGAGUAUAACGCUGUUUUGCGCUGGUCAAGAUAAUAAAGUUAAAGAUCCGUAUAAUAAAGAUAAAUAUCUAAAUCAAGCAGUCACAUUGACCUGCAACAAUGGUAGAUUUCGCCAUAAAGGGAAAGAAUAUAGGCUACGAGAUAUGGAAUGUAAAACGGUACCAAGCUCUGAACUAAUAGAGACACGCACAUCUUGUGCUAACGGUGCUGGCCAAUUUUACAAAGUGGGCUUUACGUACAACAACAAAUUUCUCGAGAUCCUUACAAUAUGCUUUAAUAAAGCCACACAGCAUACGGUUUAUUCACGUAAUAUUAUUAAAAGCAAUUUGGAAAAUGUUAGAAUGAAACGAGUGUGCAAUACUCCUUUUUUUAGUAGUGAUGGUAUGAACUUUCAACCAAACAAUUACUAUAAAGUCAGUAAAGAAAUAAUACGCUUCAAAACACUUUUUGGAGACAACCAACCGUAUCUGAAAGAAAAAGGAAGCUUCUUGUCUCGCGGUCAUCUUGCGCCGAGUGGGGAUUACACUUUCUGUUACGAACAGUUUGCCACUUAUUAUUUUGCGAAUUGUGCUCCUGAGUGGCAGCAGGUGAACGCCGGGAAUUGGGCAGAUGUGGAGAAAGCCACGCGCCAACUCGCCAUCAAUACCGAUAUAUUGACAUUCACCAGUUCUUUUGGUGCAUUAGAGUUGCCAAUGCCACAGACCUCUAGGAUGAUUACAAUUUAUUUGGAUCAGACUAGAAAGCUGGUUGCGCCGAAAUGGUACUAUAAAGUGGUGAUGAAUCCUAAUUGGAAUAUGGAUGUCGUCUUUAUCACGUUGAAUAAUCCAUUCGCAACUGUUGGUAGAGAAGUGGAGUUUUGUAGAAAUAUUUGUGGAAAUAUACGUGGUUUGAAUUCAGCCACCUUUAGAGAUGCUAGUCGUGGUUACACAUUUUGUUGUGAAUUAAAGGACUUUUGGGCAACUGCUGGGCUAAGUACAUCCAGGAAUCCGUAUUAUGAUUUGGAGACAGGUUGGAGAUAUAAGUAGAGUUUCACUAUGAAAAAAAUAAUAAUAAUCAUUUUAAUUCAAUUCUAAGUGAUUGAUUUUUUCAUCUAAAAAUCGCAGCACUAAUCAUUAUUGACUGUACAUAUAUACAUAUGUAUAUAAUAAAGUCUUAUUAAUUACUAGAAUGUUAUAAUAAAUAAUAAAAUAUUCCCCAUAUCUUUAUUGUGCAAUGCAAAAAAAUAAAAUC